AUGCUUAAAAUACAUGAGCUGAUUCGCUGUUGUGUCACCACCCAGUCUGAGAGAAUGUUGUGUGGGAGUAACCCACUUCGGGUCCUUACGAAGCAGGAAGAUUGCUGCGGCAGCAUCGGCACCUCCUGGGGCCAGAGCAAGUGCCACCAGUGCCCCCAACUGCAGGUAUCUGGGGGUGCAAAAGACGAUGGGAAGCGAUGUCCGCAGGGAUACAAGCGACUCAACAGCACUCACUGCCAGGACAUCAAUGAGUGUGCCAUGCAAGGCGUUGCCAAGGAGGGGGAGUGUUUGAACACCCAAGGAAGCUUCCGUUGUGCGUGUAAACCAGGACAGUGUUUGGGACCUUCCCGCACCCACUGUGUGCCGGAGAAAGCCGGGGAAAGGAGUUCAUGUUAUCGGCUGGUGAGCCCCGAGCAAACGUGCCAACAUCAGCUCUCCACCAAGCUGACUCGGCAAACCUGCUGCUGCAGCGUGGGCAAAGCCUGGGGCGACCACUGCGAGCGAUGCCCCGGCCGAGGGAACGUGGCAUUCCGAGAAAUCUGCCCUGCAGGGAGAGGCUACCACAUUCAAACCUUGCACCAAACUCUGACCAUCCAGACAGAGCGAGUUCGUACUCCAGAUCCACCCGGAUGCUACGAGCGACUUGCCACCACCGCGGCCGGAGCCCCCCCACCCCUCCCGCCAUGGACAGCGACUCCCAGGAAGCGGAAGCUGUUACGCCAGCGAUGUUGCCCAGAAAGACGACGGUUUCGGAGGAGCAGGGGGGUAUUUUUCGGCAACACCCCGACUUUGGGGUCCAUCGGUAAUCCCCCGGGAUUAAAUGAAGAUCAAGGGAGUGGUGAUCACAAAGCCCACCGUCGCCGUUGUGGUCAGUACCCCGAAGAGGAGCGAAUGGAUGAAUUUUACAUGCCCCCAACUCAAGAAACCGAGGUGGACAUCUGCAAAUGGAAGCGCAACAUUUGCAGCCACGGGGAGUGUAGCCCGACCCGAUCCGGAUUCACCUGCCAGUGUUACCAGGGUUAUCGGUGGAACCCUCAGCACAGGUAUUGUGUAGAUGUAAAUGAGUGUGAACUGGAGCUUGUGCGGCCAGGAAAGGCGUGUUGCAUGAACACUGGUGGGUCGUACAAUUGCCACUGCAACCGAGGCUACCAGCUGAAAGUGCAGAAGGGGCUCAGAUCCUGCGCAUAUAUCGAUGAAUGCGCCCGGCCCAACAUCUGUGGAGACGGCGGUUCCUGUAUCAAUUUCCGACACUACAAAUGUGAAUGCCAUGCCGGAUAUCGGCUGACCUCCCGGCAGCCGCUGUGUGAGGAUGUUGAUGAAUGCCUUGAUCCUGGAACUUGCCCUGAUGGGAGAUGUGAAAAUAAACCUGGCAGUUAUAAAUGUAUCCCAUGCCAGCCAGGCUUCCGGGCCCAAAAUGGCAUAUGUUAUGAUGUGGAUGAGUGCGCCGAGGAUGUUUCCUGCAAGCAUGGCUGGUGUGAGAACAUGGCUGGCUCCUUCCGCUGUUCCUGCGGGGACGGCUUUGUGCCUGCCGCUGAUUUCCGCAGCUGCGUCGGUAAAUUCUGCUCCCUAUGCAGAAAACUCCACUCCAUCAGUUCAAACGGGGCCCUUUUAUUGCUUUCAAACCUACACAAACGCUUCCAAGUUUUCUGGCAAGCAAGUCCCAGAGCAGAAUGUCACGAGUGCCAGAACGGUUCUUUGUGCACCCACGGGGGUUUGCGUAAACACGCUGGGGUCCUUCAAGUGCCAGUGUCCGGCGGUUUCCAGGCCGUGAAGGACGGGCCACGCUGCAAGGAUGUAAACGAAUGUGAGUUCCGUGCCGCCUGCGGGGGCGAAUGUAUAAACACGGUGGGCUCCUACCAGUGUCUUGUGCCGGACGGGAUACCACUGGAGAGUAAUCGAAUGUGCCAAGACAUCGACGAGUGCGCGCGAGACCUUGACCUCUGCCAGCCGCACGGGGUGUGCGAGAACACCGAGGGCUCCUUCGUGUGUGUGUGCGACGAGGGAUUCACACUCGCCAAAGACCAGCAGAGUUGCGAAGAGCUCCCCCACCAUAAAAAGGAGUGUUACCUGAACUUCGAUGACAGCGUGUUUUGCGAUAGUGUGCUGGCCACCAACGUCUCUCGCCAGGAAUGCUGCUGCUCGCUCGGGGCCGGCUGGGGGGAUCACUGCGAGAUCUAUCCGUGCCCGUUCUCAACUCGAGUAAUUGAGUUCCACACUCUGUGCCCAGACGGCAAAGGGUUCAUCCUGGAUGAGACCAUCCUGAACUACGGCAUUCCAACGCAUCGAGACAUCGACGAGUGCUCCCUGUUUGGUGAAGAGAUCUGCAAGGAAGGGAAAUGCGUGAACACCCAGCCGGGUUACGAGUGUUACUGCAAGCAGGGUUUCUACUACGACGCCAACCUUCUGGAGUGUGUUGAUGUGGAUGAGUGCUUGGAUGAGUCGAACUGUGUGAACGGACGCUGUGAAAACACUCGGGGCAGUUUCCACUGUGCCUGCCCAGCCUCCACCACCUACGACGGGGCCCAGAAGAAGUGCAUCCCCACCAGCAAAAUCGGUGAACAAGUGACCGAUCGGCGGGACGUCUGCUGGCAACUCCGGGGCGAAGACGGGAUGUGUUCGCCCUUCAGUGGCCAACAGUUGACAUACGAGGAAUGUUGCUGCCGCCAUGGCAAAGGGUGGGGUAACCAGUGCCACGCCUGCCCGCCACGCAGCCCAGGGUCCAACUGCCAAUCUGCUCCAAGCGAAAGCAAUUCCUUCUGGGACUUCAGCACCUUGUUCGGGGCGGUGCAUAAAGAGGCCGACAGUUCAGAAGAGGACUCGGACGAAUGCCGCUGCCUGAACGGGCGCUGCGUCCGCACCCAGCAGGGCUCUGUGUGCGAAUGUCCCACUGGCUUCCAGCUGGACAGCACUCACCGCUGCCUAGAUAUCGACGAGUGCCAGGAGCUAAACCAACGAGGGCGGCUUUGUAAAUCCGAACGCUGCAUCAACACCAGCGGUUCCUAUUUCUGUACUUGCAAGCCCGGCUACUCGCGGUCCUGGCCGCGGGGAAUCUGCGUCCCUCAACGAUAGCGUGUCGUGCUAACCACAGCAUGGAAGGACCGGGGGGCGUGGCCAUCCACGAAUGCUCACGGGCGUGGCGAGAUUCUUCUUCUCGCUGCCCGCCGUCAGAAACUGGAUGCUGACUUGGGAGCGACUUUUUUCGGGGGUCUGAAUUCACCAAGGCAGUUCUCACUUUAUUAUAAUUAUUUUUUGGGGAAAAAAGUGGGGGGGGGAGUUGUACCAGCUACUAUGAGGGGCAUUGAUUUUGCUGAGAAUUUUAUACCUAUUUCCUGCGUUUCUAUGUCUUUAACCCGCUGGAUUCUUAGGGUUUGUUUUAAAAGAAGAAAAAACAGUUUGCACUUGGUUUCUAUAGGAUUCAGAAAUAAUAAUAAUAAAUUCCUUUU